AUGUUUUCUAUGGUAACUGGGUUCAUAAAUUAUGGGCAACAAACAGUACGAGCUGCCAGGUACAUUGGUCAAGGUUUCAUGAUUUCCUUAUCUCAUACGAAGCGUUUACCUAUAACUAUUCAAUAUCCCUACGAAAAGCUGAUAACACCUGAGCGUUUCCGAGGCCGAAUCAACUUUGAAUUUGAUAAAUGCAUUGCUUGUGAAGUAUGUGUUCGUGUAUGUCCUAUAGAUCUACCGGUUGUUGAUUGGAAAUUAGAAAAUGAUAUUCGAAAGAAACGAUUGUUUAAUUACAGUAUUGAUUUUGGAAUCUGUAUAUUUUGUGGUAAUUGUGUUGAGUAUUGUCCAACAAAUUGUUUAUCAAUGACUGAAGAAUACGAACUUUCUGCUUAUGAUCGUCACGAGUUGAAUUACAAUCAAAUUGCAUUGGGGCGCUUACCGACAUCCGUAAGUGAUGAUUACACCAUUCGAACAAUUUCGAAUUUACCUAAAAUCGAAAAUGUCUAA